AUGAGAUACGCCAAAGAACGACGACUAUCAUAUAUUAGCACGAACAGCAACGUAUCCACACAUGACCGACCCAGUGUGGAUUCUCGGGAUCCUAUAUCGAAGCCCAGUGCUAUCCCAGGCCGAAGGCAAACUCCUCGGCUGAUUGCAAUAUCACCACCCCCGCUCAAGCGUAAGCGUACAGCCUGCGACGAGCCACAGGUGAGACAAGAUUUCUCAAACUUGACAGGCCUCAGUGCGUCCAAGGAUAGCUUGCAUGGACUGUCUGCCUUCUACACAGGUGCGCAAAGCAACCAUGAACAUCUUUCUAGGCAGUCACAAACUUUACGUUCAUUACAAGCAUCUCCUGGCUAUCAUGCGCGAAGAGACCAAAGCCGCAAUGCCUCCCUGAUACAGAAAGCUCGCGGUUCCUCAAAAGCGCUGUCAAAGUCGGAGUCCUCUUUCAAACCCACUUGCCGAGUAUGCGACAAAACUACAGCCACAAGCUAUAACCCAAUUAUCGCCUGUGCAGGAUGUGCUAGAACAUAUCAUGACAGCUGUCGGAAACCGUCAUUGACCCAAGGGCUUGACCCGCAACAUUGGAGGUGUUCAACAUGUUUGAGCGACACUGAAAAACCUGCUAAGCCCCUAGUGUCUUCGAAGUCGGUCUCAGUUAGAUACUCUGCAGCGAGAGAGAUCUUCAAGCCGCGAAGCGCACGAUUUCCAGCUGCGAAGUCGUCUAGACCUCCCGAGGGGACCACCGCUAGUGAGCUUGUCGAUACUCGGGAUUUCCGUGCUAGUUCUCUAAGCGCAAGGAGUUUAGAAAGCUUAUAUAGGCCUAAGGAAGUCUUUGAGCCAUCUUCCCAAACUGAGCCCCUUGGCCUCUCAGAUAACCUGAGAGCACAUAUGCACCGUUUGGGUCAGCCUGACAAUCUUGAUUCAUCAUCUCAGGAGCAAAGUGUUGAAGCUCAAGUCAACCUCGUAACUACCAGUUCUUCAAGACAACUAGAGAUACCUGAGACUCCUGAUAUCGCUGCUCGCUGCAAUAUACCACCCACAACGAGUAGCACAGAAUUGACCAAGUUCAAUUUUUCAAUGGCUGGAACUACUCGAGCAGAUGAGACCAAGACUUCCUUUUGGUUUUAUUCACAUCAACCAACGCUCGAGUCGAAUAUAGGGAAGAUCAAUGAUCAUGCAACGCCUUACACGCUUCCUGCAUCAUGCAACGACCUAGAGCCCAGUAACUCCACAGAGCCAAUCUCUGCUUCCAAUAAUGCAGAACGAGGAACCGUACUUCAAGCAGUCGCAACACGCGGAACAUACACUCUCCACAAUGCCUCCUUCCAGUCACCGCGCAACGGACAGCAGUGCGAAAAUGAUUAUGGAAAAUCACCUGGCGCAUCAGAGACAACACAAAUGGGUGAGCCACCAGCAAUUGUACCACAUGUUUCCCACAUGGUAGAUGAGGUUCAGACUCACGUUUCUCGACAACCACCUUCAACUGAUGACACAGUCUCGCGUGAGUUGCUUUCUGUGCAGCGGGAGUCGGGAAAUGUGAAUUCAGAGGGCUCUCCCGAUGGUAUAAGCCCAUCUGUGUCUCCCCAAAUUUCCUUACGUUCGGAUCUGGGUGACAUGUAUUCACCCGCGUGUCAGAAGCGCCAUACAAACCAAGAGCUAGCUAGGAUAGCCUUGGCUUGUGCAAAUGGUGCAAGUAUGACGGCUUCGCAGAUUGUUGAUUGGCUGGUCCAAAAAUUCCAUUACCUUCAAAAGGGGCAGUCUGCAUGGGAAAAGAGCCUCAAGGCUGUUCUUUCACGCAAAGAGUUUCGUAGCGACAAGGCGAGUGGUUUGCAUGGGGCCCAUUUGGUGUAUAGCUUUGCCAACACAGCAUUUAAAGCUCGAUACGAGGAGGAAUAUCGAGAGUAUAUCAUGCAAUGCUCGCAAGAACAUGACCGAAAGCAUGCCGUCCGGCCUGUUACCGUGAUCAAAAGCAGCCAAGGAAAUGAAUUCAACAGUGCAGCAUGUCCUCGGUCUUCUGCAAUCACAUCGGCAAUACCGGAUUCCAGCUUCAUUCCAUCGCCAGCUACCACCGCUUCCAACGGUGACUUACCGCCCGACCUUUUCAAGUUAUCUGACUCAUCUCUUGUAAAGGACAUAGCUGAGUAUGCUUCUGAAAUCAAGCGCGAGACGAGCUUUCACCAUGUAUACCCUCGUAGCACUCGGCCUUCAAUCAUGUUGAUGACUGCAGAGGAGAAGGUCAUGAAAGUGGCAGAGAUCCGGGCAAGACCUUCACGCAAAGCGUUAUUCGAUUCAAACCAACGGCUAGCGCACGUUCGAAGGUAUAGGCGAAUGGACAUUCAUGAUGAAAGUGAUGGAGCAUGGAACACUCAAUCUUCGGAAGUAGAAGGGUACCCCGCAAAAAACGAAGCCGUCACCAGGGAAUGUGAUGAACCCCGGUCGUUGCGUGAAGUCUUCAAUCUCCCGGUCCAUGCGGUGCCAAUGAACGAUGGGGUCGAGUUGGCUUUCCGGGAUGGAACUUUAGUCAACGGUCGACUGCCACGACCACGACGUGUAUACAGGGUGGGGAAGAGACUUGGAGCCGGACUUACCGUCAACUGAUUUAUCACAAACACCAAUGUCGGCCUCAUAGCGGAGGUUCCGGGCUUUCUGUCUUGGCUCAGUUUACAGCAUCAUACCCGAUUAAUUUCCAAUCAAGUGAAUUAUCUUGGAGUAACAAAAACAAAAACAACAAGCUGCACAACAUGUUGGCAGUGACGUGCACACUGUGUCGACUAUUGAAACUAUUGCCGAG